UCCAAACCUGAGAUGAGAAAUUAUUGUACGAGUAUAAUAUUUUCUACCACUGUAAUGGGAUCCCAUAAUAAAACCAAGGUUUUGUGAUAUUUUUGUUUAUUUGCCUGUACCAUUUUCCCUUGGUAUGAGUGAUUUGUUCCCAAGUAUUUACAAAGUCAUCACGCAAUUUCCUUUUUAUAUUUACUAAGUUAUCUGAGUCAGGUACUUUAAUAUUUGUGAUGGGAAUAUUAUAAGAUGUAUUUGUUAUGGAUGUAGCCAAAUUAUCAGCUUGUUCAUUGCUAGUAACACCUAUGUGAGCUGGUGUCCACACCAAGACUAUAUUAAAUUUAAAUGAUAUUAUUAGCUCUAAAUAUUUUGAGCGUAUUUUAUGAAUUAUGUAGCUAGUUGAAGUAUUAAAGUUUGGAUUAUUUAACGCUUGAAGGACAGACAUACUAUCAGAAACUAUUAACAAAUUAUCGCCACCAUUAUUGCCCUCUCUCUGAGAUUCAAUAUACUCCAAGGCUUUGAGUACACCAUAACUUUCAGCUGUAAAAAUUCUAGCAAUACUAGGAAGUUCAUACCCGUAGCCUCUUCUAUUUUGCAUAUCAUAAAUAGAUGUAGAAACAUUUUUGCAAUUUUUUGCACCAUCAGUAUAAAUUUUAAGAAUUCCAAUCCAAUUUUGUAAUAAGCAAUAAACAUCACUUUUAUUUUUUAAAGUCCUAUCAAUGAAAAUUUUGAUGGUGUAAAGUUUUAAUAUAAAGCAACCUUCAUAACAAGGCCAUAUAAAACUGAUAAAUAUGUUGUAUUCAUUUCUUAAUUUUGGUAUUUCAGGAAAAUGUUGAAGCAAAAAUAAACAAUUUUAUGAGGAAGCAUUGAUUGUCAAAAACUGCUGAAGUUUUCCAACUAAAGGAUGUUGAAUAAUUGAAGAAAUUUUCAAGAAAAAUCUGGAUAUCAAAUAUUUGAAUCUUAACAGCAGUGGUGGUACAUUACAUUCUACCUGCAUUGAUAUUAUGGAAGUGGAACACAUUGCUCCAACAAUAAUACGUAAGCAUCUAUUUUGAAUUUUUUCUAAUUUGUCUACUAGUUUUGUUUCACCUGCAUAACAAAAGAAAGCAUAUUCAAAAUGGCUCCUUACAAGUGACUUAUGUAAGACCUUGGGGUCUGUAACGUCUCAGAUAGUCAGGUUGUCAAUCAAACACACUUUUAGUAUUCCCUGUGGAUAUAGGGUAUGCCAAACACAGAACACGUGCGCACUCGGCGGCGGCCGGUAUGUGACUGAAUUGCACACGCCUGCGCAUACACUACAUCCCUUCUUUAUUUUAAUUAAUUUUAAAUGUUUCAAAAUCACAAUUAAAGUUAAUCUAACGAAUUAUUCUAACUAAAUUAUUUUUAUAACAUGAUAGGUAAUCUAUUUUUUUUUUUUUUACAAAUAGAUUUGUGUAAAUUAAUAAUUACAUUACAUAGACAACAGUACGAAUGCAACAAUAUAUCAAUACAUAUAUCAAUCAACAAAGACUUUACGUUAGUUUAUCAUUUCCUCCUAAAUCGGUACUAUUAGCAUUUUGAUGAACCACAGUCCAUGAAUCAUUUACUUUCUUUAAAUGAACUACGUUUCGGCGAUAUUCCUUUCCAGUUUCAUCAUUUCUAAUACUCACAUCGCCACCGCUCACGUCCGUUACUGUAUGCGUAGUGGGGUUGAAAUUGGAGGUCAGCUUAUUAUCUUUGAUUACAUUUUUCACGACUACUUUUUCUCCUAUUUCCAGGUUGCUGUCUGUAGCUUUCCUCUUGAGAUCUCCAUACACUUUCCCUCUUUCUUUCAUUUGCAGAUCUCUGUCUCUUACUUCUUCAUCUAUUGUUUUAUAUUCCAUGUCAGGUGCUGCCGGGAUCUUGUCUCUAAACUGUCGUCUAUAAAAUAAUUCCGAUAGAGAUUUACCUGUUACAGAAUGAGGAGUACUAUUAUACAUCAUUAAAUAAUUAAAGAUGUCCUCUUUCCAGUCCUUAUUUUCAGUUUGGCAAAUUUUAAGGCGUUUUAAGAUGUCUCGAUUUUGCCUCUCCACUUCACCAUUCAUUUGAGGCCAAUACGGGACUGUAUUAAAUAAAGUGAUUCCACAUUCCUUACAAUAUUUCUGGAAAACCUCGCUCGUAAACUGAUUUCCAUUAUCACACGUCAAUGUUGCUGGAUAACCUAAUCUGGAAAAGAUUUCUUUCAAGACCUUUAUCGUAUCAAGGGAAGUGAUACUGCGCAUUACCUUAAUUUCUUUAUAUCUACUAUAGUAGUCAACAAGAAUGAACAGAUAGUCACGACUAGGAAGAGGCCCCAAGAAGUCCAUCGCUACAUCAACCCAGGGUUCAGCGGGAAGUGCUCGCCUCUUCAUCGGAUGUGGCGGAGUAGGAUUAGAUACCAAUGUACACCCUCGACAAGUUUUUACUAGACGCUCAGAAUCUUUGUCAAUCCUAGGCCACCACACCUUUGUUCUAAGACGAGCCUUCAUCGCAACUAUACCCGGAUGGCCUUCAUGGGCCGCCUCCAGUACACGUUGACGCAGAUUAUGGGGUAUUACCAGCCUAGCUCCCCUAAGAAGUAUAUUUCCGUUGAAACAGAGUUCAUUUUGUAUGAUUUUAAAAUUGCUGAUAGAAUCAUGCCAGUCAUUAUUAAAAAUACCAUUUUGAACUUUUAAAAUUUCCUCGUCUUCAGCAGAACGCCUUUCGAUUUCAUUUAAUGGAACUGCGAUAGGCCUACUAUAAUUCACAAUUUCGUUAAUAUAAUUUUCAGAGUCAAAUGGUUCUGAAAAAGAAGAUCUGGCGAGUCUGGAAAUUGUGUCAGCUAUGUUUGAUUUACCUGGACGGUAGAUGACUUUGUACCUAUAAGCUUGUAAUCUAAGUACCCAUCGUUCUACUCUUGCGCAUGGUUAAGAGGUUCGACUAAAAAUGAUUUCCAAUGGUUUGUGAUCGCUUAUUAAUUCAAAAUCUUUGCGGAACAGAUAUAUUUUAAAAUGCUCUACUGCCCAAACGAGCGCUAAAGCUUCUUUUUCUGUUUGACAAUAUCUUUUUUCACAAUCUGUAAGAGCCUUAUGCCUAAAAGCAAUCACACGGGGGCCAUCUUUACCUAUUUGCACUAAAACUACGCCUAACCCUACAGGAGAAGCAUCAGCGAUAACCCGGGUUUUAUCUGAAGGAUUAUAAUAGCCUAAAGUUUGAAUAUUGGAUAAGCUUUUCUUUAGAGCCUCAAAUGCCUCAUCCUGUUUGGGCGUCCAAAAUUUCUGAAUAUUUGCUGAUUUUCCAAGACCUAACCGUAGCAGUUCCCGCAAAGGUUCAGUAAGGGUAGCAAAAUUGGGAAUCCAUUUACUUACAAAAUUAACCAACCCCAGAAAACUUUGAAUUUCUUCAGUUGUAUUAGGUAUUCUACUGGUUUUUAUUACUGCCAAAUAUUUUUCUAGUGGUCUUACUCCACUGGCAGAAAGUUCGUGACCAAGAAAUUCAAUUUUUUGUGUUUUAUAAACGCAUUUGUUUUCAUUUAAUAGAACGUUAUUUUCCUUUAAGACGCGUAACACCUUACUUAACCUUUCGUCAUGUUCAUUUUCGGUGGCGCCAUGUACUAUAAUGUCAUCGAUAAAGUUGCAUGUCCCUUCACAGCCUAACAGUACCUUUUCUAAAAUUUUUUGGAACAUCUUUGGUGCGCAAGAAAUUCCAAACAUUAAUCUUUUAUAUCUAUACAACCCUUUGCUAGUACUGAACGUAGUUAUGUACCUACAAUCCUUAUGAAUUUCGAGUUGAUGAAAGGCAUUUUUGAUAUCGAGUUUGGAAAAGUAUUUGGCUUCGCGAAAUUAGGUAGUAAUUCAUUCAUUGUCGGGAGAGGGUGAUUUUUUCUUAUAAUUGCUUCAUUAGCCCUCCUCAUAUCUAAGCAAAUACGUACCUCUUCCUGUCCUUCUUUAAGAACGGGAACCAUUGGUGAUACCCAUGGUGAAGGUUCAUUUACCUCCUCGAUGAUAUCGGCAUCCUUUAGUUCCUUUAAUUUUCUGACAACCUUUUCUUCUAGAGGAAUGGGAACUCUUCUGUAUGGUUGGAUGACUGUUUUGACCGUUGGAUCUAUUGGAAUCUGUACAAUUACUCCUUUGAACUUAGGAAACGUUUUCUCUAAUGAUACCUCCGAAUUUACUGCAUUAAUUUGAAGUCCAAUUUUAAGCACACCCAAUUGAAUCGCAGUCUCUUUGCCUAAUAAGUCGCGUGUGCCGUUUUUGAUGACAUAUACAGUGCUUUUUACUUUCUUACUACCAAUAACUGAAAUAUUAGCGUCAAAGGAGCCCAUGAUGUCCAAAGGUUUAUUACUGCCAUAAGCAAUAAGUGUCUUAUCGGGAUUCUUUAUCUGGUUAGUAAUUUCCACCUUAUUAUCUUUUAGAUGUUGCCAUGUUCUGUCAGUAAUAACAUCGUAUUUACUUCCUGAAUCUAUCAACAUGUCAACAGUCACUCCCCCAAUAUUGCAUUGUAUAGUUUCUUCUUCAUCCAAGUGGAAAAUAUACUCUAUUUGGGACUUCUCAGUCUUUUCGUUUUCUACUCCAUCAGUCUCACCUUUUGUACUUUCUUUUUCUUCCAGGUUGAAAAUGUAGUCAAUUUCAGAUUUAUCGGCAUUCUUCUUUGUUUGUAGUUUUGGUUUUUUAUUUAUAGUCUCGGUCCUGUUGUUCGGGAAUGGUCUUUUCUGUCGAGUCCUACAAUGCUCCCGGAAAUGACCGAUGAAACCGCAUUUCAAACAUCGUUUGUCUUUAGCCGGGCAUUUAAUGUCAUCUGAUAAAUGAGAGAAGCUUCCACAUCUACUGCAUUUUGAGUUCGAUGACUGUUGUCGAAAAGGUUUGUUGUGUUUGUUCUUGUUAUCUAUUUUAUUAGUUUCCGCUUUGUUGAAAUUGUUCGUAGUAUUUGUGUUUACCGAUUUAAAUUGUUCUAAUUGCCUGGUCACAACUUCUAAUGCAUUUGCUUUACUUGUAAUUUCAUCUGAAGUAACCAUGUCUCCGCAUUCUAAAUUCGACUAAUCGACACUUUUCAGUAAUUUGGUCAAUAAUGUGCUCCUCUUUAUUAUGAAAUUGACAUUUUUCGGCUUGAUGCCUUAGCCUUAGUAAAAAACGUUCAAAUUGCUCUCCUUCCUCUUGUUUCAUAAGACGGAAAAGAUACCUUUCAUAAAUUCGACUUUGGUUCGGACUAAAGUAACUGUCUAAUUUCUUCAAAGCUAUUUCAUAGACGUCGAUACCUUCCUCUGCAUCAGCAUGAGCUCCAGGAAGAUUAUAGUAAACUUCCUGAAGUGCUAUUCCCCCAACAUGGAGAAGAGUAGCUCGUUUUUGUACGGGUGUGUCGAUGUUAGUAGCCAAUAAGUAAAUUUCAAGUGCCCUUUUCCAUUUCUCCCAGCGAGUGCCAACAGAUGUCGGAUCACCUUCACAAUCGAAAUGGUCUAAGUUCGGGAGUGUUGAUGACGCAUGAGUCAUUUUGGAGCGACCUGCAAUAAAAUAUUGACUCUUAUUUUUGCAUGGCUUUUACUGAAAAUCAGUAACAGUAUUACAACUGCGUAGCCCUAUUAAAUUUAUACAAGUCAUUUUUUUCCUAGACCAAUUAUAUUUUUUAUAAUCUAUGUAUGUACAUACGAUCCAUAGAAUCUGUUCGUGAUUAAACUGCGUGGCCCUUGGUUAUAUACUCAUUGCAUGGCCUUUAAAUAGGUGUAAUAUUGUGCAGGUAUAAUUAGGUACCAACCAAAUAUAAAUCAAAUAUAGUAAUGUAUAUAGCUGUUUCUCGUUAAUAAUAUUAAUUAUAAGAAUAACGUUUCUCUUUAAUAAUAUUAAUUAUAAAAUUGUGAAUUUUCAACUACUAUCAACCAUAAACAAUAAUAAAUAUCACAUGUAAAACAGUAUUUAAAAUUGUAGGUAGGUAUGAUAUUUUAUAUUUUAAUGAGCUGUAACUGUACACUAUGUAAAUGUAAGCCAAGAAAAGGCUAUGAGUUGUGUAUAGGAAAGAUGUAGUAAUAUAUAACUGUUCUGUUUUAUUUUAUUUGUAAUUGUUUAGGUCAGUAUUUUUCAUUACGUCGAUCAUAAUUAAUUGCCACAAUAUUUAAAAUAACUCCUUGUAGGUAGGUACCGUUAGGUUUCGUACGAGCACAACACUACAUUAUUUUUGUAAUAAUCAUAGAACCGUGAUUUAUUUGCGUUUGCGUGGUCUUAUUUUCUUUUCAUCUGAUACGAUGCAUGGCCAUAAUAAUAAUAAACAAGGAUUGUUACAGUUGUUUACGUAUUGACUCAGCACAUAUUUUUAUUUAGGAAUAGCUCAUUAUUAACUUAAACCAAUGUUUAUGUUCUAUAAUAAUAUUAACACUGCAAUUAUUUCGAACAAAGCAACUCGUAAACAACCUUACUCUUUCCCCCCUUUUUUUUAGGGGUAAUUUGUACUCACUUUUGUCCUCGUCGCCACUUGUAACGUCUCAGAUAGUCAGGUUGUCAAUCAAACACACUUUUAGUAUUCCCUGUGGAUAUAGGGUAUGCCAAACACAGAACACGUGCGCACUCGGCGGCGGUCGGUAUGUGACUGAAUUGCACACGCCUGCGCAUACACUACAGGGUCAAACCCCAAUAUGUACCUGCUAAAAAAAUUAUAUGUCACAGGCUUUUGUGGCACAGUUUAUCAAGCAAUCGACAUAUUCAUUAAAUUUGAAAUUAUUUUGAUAUAUAACUCCUAAGAAUCUAAUAUGGUUGACUACAAGAAAUAUUUUUUUAUUUUAAAAUAUGGACAUAUUAAGAUUAUUCAAUAACUCUUUUGAAAAGACAACAACUUUACUCUUCUCAGUGCUGAUAUCUAACUCCAGACUUUCAUAAUAAGUUUGUAACCUUUGAAGAGCAGCAUUAACUGUUUCCAAGAUCAAGGACAAAUUGUUUCCAGAAUAAUAUACUGCCAAAUCAUCAGCAAAUUGUAAAUUAUUAACUUGUGGACCCAAAAUAUUGUUUAAUUGAUGUAUAUACAAAAUGAAAAGGAGAGGAUUUAAUAUUCCACCUUGUGAUACACCUUUAUAGGAGCAUCUGUACCCAAACAACUGAUUACCGUAUUUGACAAAUAUUUUCCGACCAUUAAGAAAUUAAAUAACCAUUUUACUAACUUUCCAGGAAAGUUUAAAUCAUCCAAGAUUUUAGAAAGGGUUUCCAAAUUAAUUCCAUUAAAGGGGCCUAUUACAUCGAAGAAGACAGAGACUGUGAACCCAUUUUGAGAUAAAGACUUAUUAAUGUCCAAAGAAAAAUUACACAGACUUUCCCCAGCAGAGCGACCACGCUUUAAUGUUCUGUUUUUCAAUGCCUGAGCAUGUCUUUAUGAUUUGAGCAUUUUUAAAUGCAAUAUAAUAUUCCAGACUAGAGUUGGAUUUGAACUUAAUGAAAGCUGGUUUGGAUAGGGCUGCAGGCGCGCGUUAAAAUAUGAAUCCAGCUAUUAUGUGACAUCAUUUCUGCAUCCAUAGGGAGGCAUUAGCAGCUAAAAAGAUGCUAGCACAAUUAAAAACAGUGUUAGAUGACAUAACGCAGAUGGUGAAUUUUAUUAACGCUAGGCCUCUAAAUUCCCGUAUUUUCGGUAUCAUUUGUGAAGAAAUGGGAAGCAUUCGCAAGCAGUUAUUAUUGCACGCUGAAGUGCGUUGGUUAUCUCGUGGCAAAGUUGUGACGCGUGUUUUUGAGCUGAGAGAUGAGAUCAGAAUGUUCUUUUUGGAUAUUUCUGUACAUGGCGUCAGCAAAUAUGCUGAUAAUUUCAAUGACUUUGAAUGGCUUAUAAUGGCAGUAUAUUUGGCUGAUAUAUUUAUUGUCCUUAACGAGUUGAACUAGGGUCUACAAGGGAGAGAUACCAACAUCUUCCAGGUCGAUGAUAAAUUUGAAACGAGUCUAAAAAAGCUUGACCUAUGGAUAAAUCGUACAAUUC